GCUUCCUUUUCCAAUCUACCAAGGAACAAAAGUGUAUCGUUCUCUUUAGAGCUAAGGCCAUCCGGCGACGUACACUAUAAUUUUUUAUUAAUCCAUACAAAAAAAGCUAAUAAAAUGGCAGGAGAAGACGAGUUAGCAUGCGUGUAUGCCGCAUUGAUCCUUGCAGAUGACCAAGUUGCAAUUACCAGUGACAAAAUAGCAACUCUCUUAAAAGCUGCUGGUGUAUCUGUUGAACCAUACUGGCCUGGUCUGUUUGCAAAGGCUCUUGAUGGUAUGAAUGUUAAAGAUCUGAUCACCAAUGUUGGUAGUUCAGCUGGUUCUGCCCCUGCUGCUGCUGCUGCUCCAGCCCCUGCUGCUGCAGCUGCAAGCAAGGCUCCUGCAGAAGAGAAAAAGAAGGAAGCUAAGAAAGAAGAGUCAGAUCACUCAGAUGAGGAUAUGGGCUUUGGGCUAUUUGACUAAAGAUGUUAUACAUUCAUGUAAUAAACCUUUGAUGUU